AUGUCCACCUCCCCGCCAUCUUCGAGAGAUGUCGAGAAACAAGAUAACAACGAAAACGAUUCAAUCCUGCGCGCUCGCUCCACCCAUUCCGUGGACUAUGGAUCGUUCGACGGCGAUAUGGAAGAGAUGGAGGAGAUCGAGAUGGACAAGCUGAGGAAGCGCGACAAGCCCAAGAUGGUGUUCCCCUUCAAGCGCUUCGGCAUCUCCGUCCCGGGGGCCAUCAAGCCGCUGCUCACCUUCGAGGCCAUCAAGAUCACCAUCAUGCUCGCCUUCUUCUUCACCGCCUUCGCCUUCCUCUCGUCCCAGAGCGAACCCGACGACUCCGACACCCACCUCGUCGGCAAGCUGCUUAACCCGACGCGCAAGAUGGAGGACGUGUUCUUCCGCCUGCAGAGCCAGUGCUCGCCCGCCGGGAACGAUUCGUCGGAGUGGGUCGAGGUCGACAGUCUUGUGGUGGAGCUCGACCACGACUCUGAGCUGCACGGCAAGCACUACUUCACGAUCCCCGAGGAGAUACGCGAGUGCCCCUCGCUCCGCAUGGUGGUCCAGACCAACAGCACCAGGCCGAUAGCGAUGCAGCUGCAGUUUAUCCUGCUCAAGGGAGUGGUCAGGGCCGAGAUCACGCUGGGCCUGCUCAUCCUCGUGGCCGUCUACGCCAUCAUCAUCUUGGACCUGCUUCACCGCACCGUGGCUGCGCUGCUCGGGUCCUUCUUGGCCGUGGGUCUGCUCUCCGUUCUCCACGAGCGACCGAGCUUCUUGACGAUCAUGACGUGGAUCGACUACAACACGCUCAGCCUGCUGUUCGGCAUGAUGGUCAUCGUCGGCCUCCUGCGCGACACCGGCUUCUUUGAGUUCGCUGCCGUCAAGGCCUACAAGAUCGCCCAAGGCAACUUCUGGAAGCUGCUGGUCGUGUUGUGCUGCUUCACGAGCGUGGUGACGGCGUUCAUCGACAACGUGACGACGAUCCUCCUCUUCGUCCCCGUGACCAUCAGUUUGUGCAAGGUGACCGACCUCGAUCCGCUGCCCAUCAUCGUCGCCGAAGUCAUCUUCGCCAACAUCGGUGGAACGGCCACGGCCAUCGGCGACCCGCCCAACGUGCUCAUCGUCAACGGCUUCGAGAGCUCCGGGCUGGUCAACUUUGGCAGUUUUGCCAUCCACGUGGCGCCCGGCAUUGUGCUGAUCAUCGUGGUCAUGUUCUUCUUCCUCAAGUACCUCUACCGCGACAAGCUGCGGCGACAGCCCAACACGAAGCGGCUGAAGGAGAUCGCCAUCUGGAAGCUCACCGUCGAGAAGAUCCGGGGCUACGAGGGCGAGGAGGAGAAGCAGAUUCGACGCAAGCUCGAAGAUCACGUCAGGCAACUCGAAACGGCCGCGCUAGCCCGCAAGCCGAUGACGGUGAACCUGGGCGAGACGGCGCAGAAGGUCGACGUCAAUGAGUUGGAGCGCAAGUACAUCAUCACCGAUCGUCCGCUCUUCUACAAGUGCGUGGCGGUGCUGGCCGGCGUGAUCAGCCUCUUCUUCCUCAACUCCUUCGUCGACACGCACCUGAGCCUGGCCUGGAUCGCGCUCAUCGGCACCAUGACGCUGCUCGUCCUGGCCAACGUGAAGGACAUCAACGUCGUUCUCGAAAAGGUGGAGCUCGGCACGCUGCUGUUCUUCGCUGGUCUCUUUGUGCUGAUGAAGUCGCUCGAGGAACUCGAAGUGAUGGCCUUCAUCGCCAACCACACGGCCUCCCUCAUCGCACACGUGCCCGAAGGCAACACGCGCCUGGCGGCGGCUAUCAUCAUGAUCAUCUGGGUCGGCGGCACGGUGGGUGCGUUCAUCGACAACAUUCCGUUCACGCAGACCAUGAUCCCCAUCGUCCUGCGCCUCACCAGCGGCGAUCUCGGCCUGCCCCUCACCCCCCUGGUCUGGGCUCUCGCCUACGGCUGCUGCAUGGGCGGUAACGCGACGCUGAUCGGUGCCUCGGCCAACGUCGUGGCGGCGGGUCUGGCCGAGCAGCAGGGCUACAACCUGUCGUUCAACUAUUUCCUCAAGACGGGCCUCCCCUGCUGCAUGCUCUCGCUCGCCAUCGCCACCGUCUACCUCCUCGUCACCCACGUCCUCAUCCCCUGGUACUAG